AGUAUGUGGGCUGACAUAGGUGGAAACAGACUCGCAUUUAUUGAUAUCUAAUUCGUGUAUAGAAAGUAAAUUGGAAAAAGGACAUAUUUUCUCUGAACUGGCACGGGCAGUGUGUUUUUUCAUAUCCCGUAUCUUGCUUGGAUCGUUGCGGAGAAUAUUUUUUUUUUCUUUUGCUAUGGCUUGUGGAAUACCACCCUUCUCUCGGUGCGUGAAAUGGCGCUUUGGUUGCGGACAGAAUUUGCAGCUUCUCUUCUUCCUUUUGUAUCUCAACCAUAUGGUCAGCGGACAUAUCCGAUAUUCAAUCCCGGAGGAGAUGAAGAAGGGAUCUCUAAUCGGUAAUGUAGCACAGGAUCUUGGUUUGGAUCUGAAAAGGCUCCUCUCUGGCCGGGCCCGUAUCGUGACCGGAGAGAGUAUCCAGUACACCGAGCUGAAGACAGACAAAGGAACGCUGGUAGUGAAAGAGAGAAUAGACCGAGAGCAGCUUUGUGGAGACGUGACACCGUGUAGCUUCAGCUUUGAGGUGAUUUUAGAAAACCCGAUGGAGCUACAUCAAAUUACAGUUGAAAUUACAGACAUAAAUGAUCAUUCGCCCACAUUUAAACGACACGCAAUCCAAUUUGAAAUCAGCGAAUCAGCUAAUACUGGCGCUCGGUUUUCACUAGCGAGUGCAGAAGACCCAGAUGUGGGUGUCAAUGGACUCAAAGAAUAUAUUUUGACCGAGAAUGACAAUUUUGCUCUGAAACAAAAUUCGAAUGCAGAUGGAAAGAAAUAUGCAGAGAUGGUGCUUCAGAAGCCAUUAGACAGAGAAACAAAUCCUAAUCUAUCUCUAAAGCUAAUAGCUGUAGACGGUGGAACUCCGCAGAGAUCUGGUACAGUAAAUAUAGAUAUCACUGUUCUUGAUGUAAAUGACAAUGCGCCUGUAUUUAAUCAGUCAGUGUACAAAGCUACUGUGAUGGAAAAUGCUCCCAGAGAUACUUAUGUAACCACUGUUAAUGCUAGUGACGCAGAUGUCGGGUCAAACAGUAUCGUGACGUAUUAUUUUUCAGAUCCUAACAGUGGUCUGGGGAAUUUAUUUAUGGUUGAUGAAAAAAGUGGCGUAAUUUUAAUAACAGGUUCUAUCGAUUAUGAAAAAGACAAGAAGUACGAGCUCAGAAUUGAUGCAAAAGAUCAGGGAGGUUUGACAGACUCGAGUAAAGUGAUAAUUGAAGUAACUGAUGUAAAUGACAACGCCCCUACUAUCAGCGUCAUGUCAUUCACUAGUCCUGUGUCAGAGGACUCUCCUCCUGGAACAACUAUUGGCAUUAUAAAUGUAAAAGACCUGGAUUCAGGUGAUAACGGACAAGUGAACUGUAGAAUAGAACAAAAUGCACCUUUCAAGAUUAAAUCUAAUUUAAGAAAUUACUAUACUUUGGUAACAGAUACUGUGUUAGAUCGUGAGAGUGUUUCAGAAUAUAACAUCACUGUAGUUGCAACAGAUGCAGGAAUGCCUCCUCUCUCAACAACAAGAACCUUUAAUUUAAAGGUCUCUGAUGUGAACGAUAAUGCUCCAGUGUUUUCACUAAGUGCUUACAGUGCGUUUAUUGCAGAGAAUAACUCUCCAGGUUUUUCUGUUCUCACGCUGAGGGCUAAAGAUCCCGAUGAAAACCAAAACGCCCGUCUAUCUUAUAUUCUGGAAGAUACCAAUAUCGGUGGAUCUCCAGUUUCUGAAUUUGUUUCUAUAAAUGCAGAAAGCGGAGUGAUACACGCGGUGCGCUCAUUUGAUUAUGAGCAAAUCAAACAGCUGGUCUUCGUUGUGAAAGCGCAGGAUGGAGGCUCCCCUCCACUCAGUAGCAACGUGAGUGUGAAAAUACUGAUCCAGGACCAGAACGACAACCCUCCUCAGGUGCUGUACCCAGUGCAGACUGGUGGCUCUGUGGUGGCUGAAAUGGUGCCUCGUUCAGCAGAUGUGGGCUAUCUGGUGACUAAAGUGGUGGCUGUUGAUGUGGACUCUGGACAGAAUGCCUGGCUGUCCUAUAAACUGCAGAAAGCCACAGACAGGGCGCUGUUUGAAGUGGGCUUACAGAAUGGAGAAAUCAGAACUAUCCGCCAAGUGAGUGAUAAAGAUGCUGUCAAACAAAGACUGAGUGUUAUAGUGGAGGACAACGGGCAGCCCUCUCGUUCAGCUACAGUCAUUGUUAACGUGGCGGUGGCGGACAGCUUCCCUGAAGUGCUGUCUGAGUUCACUGACUUUCCACACGACAAGGAGUACAAUGACAACCUGACUUUUUACUUAGUCUUGGCUUUGGCUGUAGUUUCCUUCCUCUUCAUCACGUGUUUGGUGGUUAUUAUAUCAGUGAAGAUCUACAGAUGGAGACAGUCUCGCAUCCUGUAUCACUCCAGUCUCCCUGUCAUUCCAUAUUAUCCACCACGUUACUCAGACACUUUGGGGACAGGGACUCUGCAACACGUGUACAAUUACGAGGUGUGCAGGACGACAGACUCCAGAAAGAGUGACUGUAAGUUCGGCAGAGCCGGUAGUCAGAACGUGCUGAUAAUGGACCCCAGUUCUACAGGGACGAUGCAGCGGAUACAGAGUGACAAGAGCAUCCUGGAUGAACCUGACUCUCACUGUUGA